AUGAUCCCAGAUUGCUUACUCGAUAUCAUAUAUAGUGAAUUCUUCUUAUAUCAUAUCGGACCAAUUCUUCUUCUGUACAUUACGGUCUCUUUAAUCUCUCCUAAAGUCUUACGACCAAUAAUUGCACGUGUUGUUUUACUUCUCGUCUCUUUCCUCGUCAUCUUUUUAUGCGUCAUUCUCAUCUGGUCGAUUUCUUACUUCUCUCCCAAAGAGGAAAGAAGAUCAUCUUCACCUUUACCUUUACCUUCACCUUCACCUUCACGUCUUCCUACUAUUAUUGUUACACCUCCUACUGAAGAUCAUAUCACUAACUUGCCUCCAGCAUUUGAAGAGCAAGAUCAAAACUUCCUUACAACACUCUAUCUUGGAUCACGUCCCAUGCGUGGAAGAAGUAACUCUCGUGCUUCGAGUUUCGCACCCGGUUUUUCACGUAGCAGAUCUCGUUCACCAGCUGGCUCUCGUCGGUGGAUUUGA